AUGUCACUGGCGAUUUUUGUUCCACUCUUUGGUGGAAAUGCUUUGAAGUUGCCAUCUGGUGCUAGCUUUCGGGGUGAUAUUAAUAUUAUUCUUGUUGGUGAUCCUGGAACUAGCAAGUCUCAGCUGCUCCAAUACAUACACAAACUCUCUCCCCGUGGCAUCUAUACCAGUGGAAGAGGGAGCUCUGCUGUUGGUUUGACUGCGUAUGUCAGCAAAGAUCCUGAGACAGGGGAAACAGUUCUGGAGAGUGGAGCACUUGUUCUGAGUGAUAGAGGAAUCUGCUGCAUCGACGAAUUUGAUAAAAUGUCUGAAAAUGCAAGGAGCAUGUUACAUGAGUUGGAGAUGAGAAUCUCAAAGAAUUAUUUGUGCCAUGAGGCCCAUGAUAUAGACAAUCUGAAUGUGAUGGAACAACAAACUAUUUCCAUUGCAAAGGCUGGAAUUAUUGCUUCUCUUAAUGCAAGAACUUCAGUAUUAGCUUGCGCAAAUCCUGUUGGUUCCCGCUAUAACCCUCGGUUGUCUGUAAUAGACAACAUACACCUUCCUCCUUCCCUGUUGUCUAGGUUUGACCUAAUAUACUUGAUUCUUGACAAGGCUGAUGAACAAACAGACAGACGCCUCGCCAAGCAUAUUGUUGCAUUACACUUUGAGAAUCCUGAGAGUGCUCAGCAGGAUGUAUUAGACAUUGCUACAUUGACUGCAUACUUGAGCUAUGCUCGUAAGUGCAUUCAUCCAAAGUUAUCUGAUGAAGCUGCUGAAGAGUUGACUCGAGGAUAUGUUGAGAUGAGAAGAAGAGGAAAUUUCCCUGGAAGUAGCAAAAAGGUGAUAACAGCAACUCCUAGGCAGAUAGAAAGUCUGAUACGCCUUAGUGAAGCUCUAGCUCGGAUGCGUUUCUCAGAAUGGGUUGAGAAACCUGAUGUAAUGGAAGCCUUUCGACUUCUGGAUGUUGCAAUGCAACAGUCUGCUACAGAUCAUUCCACAGGAACUAUUGAUAUGGAUCUCAUCACAACUGGAGUUUCAGCAAGUGAAAGGAUGAGAAGAGAAAAUCUCGCAUCGGCAACUCGCAUCAUUAUUAUGGAGAAGUUGCAAAUUGGGGGACCUUCAAUGCGUGUGCUGGAGAUACUGGAAGAACUGAAGAAGCAAAACUCUAGCAGUGAAGUUCAUCUUCAAGAUCUGAGGAAUGCAGUUGCAAAUCUAGCAAGUGAAGGAUUUGUUGUUGUUCAUGGUGAUAGUGUAAAAAGAAUAUAG